CUGCGGGCGGGGGCGGCGGUGCGGGCAGCGGGGUCGGCGGGGUUCCCGGUCCCCGCUGCCUUCUUGGGGCGCAGCCAUGAGCGAGUCCAGCGUCGGGGCGCUCCCGGCCCGACAGCCGGCCACACACCAAGAGAACCUCUCUCUGGAUUCCAGUUGCUUCUCUCCACCUGUGAACUUCCUUCAGGAAUUACCUAGCUACCGGUCGGCCACACGCCGGAGAACCACUGCCCUUGCCCGGGAUAAGCAGAGUGGCAUAUUGCUGAAGCCGUCAGACUCUUACAGUUCCCAGCUAGAGGGAGAAAUCACAGAAAACCUCAACAGGCAGUCCAUCCGGAAAUACGCUCUCAACAUCGCUGAGAAGCGGCGGCUGAGGGACAUUCAGGAGACACAGAUGCAGUACUUAUCAGAGUGGGACCAGUGGAAGCGGUACAGCAGCAAGUCCUGGAAGCGGUUCUUGGAGAAGGCGCACGAGAUGACCGCCCACUUGGAGCUGUGGCGGAAGGACAUCCGCAGCAUAGAGGGGAAGUUCGGCACUGGGAUUCGCUCUUAUUUCUCCUUCUUGCGGUUCCUGGUGUUGCUGAAUUUGGUGAUAUUUCUCAUCAUUUUUACACUGGUUUUGCUCCCGGUCUUGCUCACCAAGUACAAAAUCACCAACAGCACCUUUGUGCUCAUUCCGUUCAAAGACAUGGACAUGCAGUGUACCAUCUAUCCCGUGAGCAGUUCCGGACUCAUUUACUUCUACAGCUACGCCAUAGACCUGCUCUCUGGCACCGGUUUCUUGGAGGGGACCAGCCUCUUCUAUGGACACUACACCAUCGAUGGGGUGAAAUUCCAGAACUUCACUUAUGACCUGCCUCUCGCGUAUCUGAUCAGCACCAUCGCCUACCUGGCCCUGAGCCUCCUUUGGAUUGUAAAAAGGUCAGUGGAGGGGUUCAAAAUCAACCUGAUUCGGAGCGAGGAGCACUUCCAGAGUUAUUGCAACAAGAUCUUCGCGGGCUGGGACUUCUGCAUCACCAGCUACAGCACGGCCAACCUGCGGCACAGCAGCCUGCGGUAUGAGCUCCGGGCAGACCUGGAAGAAGAAAGAAUCCGGCAGAAAAUAGCAGAGAGGACCUCGGAGGAGACGAUACGCAUUUACUCUUUGAGGCUGAUGUUGAAUGGCAUCGUUCUGGCUGUGUUAUCCAUGUGCUUUUAUGCCAUCUACAUGGCAACGACCUUCUCCCAAGAACACAUGAAGAAGGAAAUCGACAAGAUGGUUUUUGGGGAGAACCUCUUGAUAUCGUAUCUGCCAUCUAUUGUGAUCACAUUGGCCAAUUUCAUCACCCCCAUCGUCUUUUCUAAGAUCAUCCGCUACGAGGAUUACUCCCCGGGCUUUGAGAUCCGGCUCACCAUCCUCAGGUGCGUCUUCAUGCGGCUGGCCACCAUCUGUGUGUUGGUCUUCACACUGGGCUCCAAGAUCACAUCCUGCGGCGGUGAUGAUGCUUGCAAACUCUGUGGCUACAACCAGAAGCUCUACCCGUGCUGGGAGACCCAAGUGGGGCAGGAGAUGUACAAGCUCAUGGUCUUCGACUUCAUCAUCAUUAUGGCUAUGACGCUGUUUGUGGAUUUCCCCAGAAAGCUCCUGGUGACCUACUGCUCCUCCUCGAAGCUGAUUCAAUGCUGGGGACAGCAGGAGUUUGCCAUCCCGGACAACGUGCUGGGCAUCGUGUAUGGACAGACCAUCUGCUGGAUCGGAGCCUUCUUCUCCCCCCUGCUCCCCGCCGUCGCCACCUUGAAGCUCAUCAUCAUCUUCUACGUGAAGAAGUUGAGCCUUCUCUACACCUGCAGACCAUCCCCCAGGCAGUUCCGAGCGUCUAACUCGAAUUUUUUCUUCCUGUUGGUGUUGCUGAUUGGCCUGUGUUUGGCUGUCAUACCUCUGACCAUCAGCAUGUCACGCAUCCCUUCCUCGAAAGCCUGUGGGCCGUUCACCAGCUUCAACACCACUUGGGAUGUCAUCCCCAAGAUGGUGAGCACCUUCCCCAGCUCGCUGCAGUCCCUGGUCCGGGCCGUCACGUCGGAAGCCUUCGCAGUGCCCUUCUUCAUCAUCAUCUGUCUCAUUAUGUUCUACUUCAUCGCCUUGGCUGGUGCGCACAAGCGGGUGGUGGACCAGCUCCGGGAGCAGCUGUCUCUGGAAGGUCGUGACAAACGCUAUCUGAUCCAGAAACUAACAGAAGCUCAAAGGGACAUGAGGAGCCAGCUGCUCUGACUAUGAAGCUGCUUCUGCGUUCCUUCUCAGCUGGCCCAGGGGCUCUGUUGGACCUACAAAGUCCCCCGGGGCUCUUCUGAAUGGCAGCUAGCCAUGGCUGGGCCACCCAGUCCCUCACUUAGAAAUCUGGCAACUUAGAAAGGCAGGUUGAGACCCAGGUGUUUACCUGGUGGCCGGCUCAGGGACAGCUCUACCAAAAACCUCCUCCAGCGAUUCACACGUUUACAACAAAAUUUGAGGCAGAGAGGAUUUUAUUUAUUUGUUGGUUAUUUUUAGACAUAUGUAUAUAUUUUUUACAAGUUUGUGUUGUCUUUCAAAGCUAACCAGAAGCAAACUGCUCCUGAAGCUGGCUGAUUCCUUUUGAACCCAUGUCUUGGAGUUUAGGCAGGAGGGACCCUCCAGGAUGGUUCUGAAAUGGAACUUUUAAAAUUUGAUUUUAUGUAAUGAAGAGAAAUCUCUGCAUCGGGAUGGAUGGAGCAGGUGAUGAGAAUGUGGAGAGGAUUGGUGUGGAAGGUCAGCCCCAUGGGGGGGGGGGGAAGGACAGUUGGGUCCCCAGGAUGCACACAGCUGUCGUUCCCUGCCUGUCUGCCUCAAGCCCCAGAGACUGCCAAGUUGGCAGCCAUGAUUGCCUCCCUGUCUAGGCGUAGUCUCCAGGGAUUGCUGCCUGCAACAGACAAGAUUGUACAUGGCCUUUUUUUUUUUAUCAGCAACCUGACAAAGUCAUCUUCCUCUGUCUCCCAGUUGCCAGUUCCCUUUCCGCCCCGAGGAGUCCAUUUUUGAAGGACAGCUGACAUUUCUGAACCAGGCUGAGAGAAGGCUUUUUUUGUAUCAGAGCUGUGGGUAAGACUUUGGGUUUUAUUUCCAUGCCUCAAUUCCUCAUGAGAGACCAGCCUGUGAUGCUGGACUAUGUAGGAGGCUGGCUUCUUAAAUCCACAGCUAUAAAGGCAGCUGUUUCAUGUUUCUGUGUGUGAACAUUUUUUAAUGCACAUGCCUUUAUUUUACAAAUUAUUAAAGCAGAAUUCUAUCUCAAGAUAUCCGUUACAGUAGAAACCAUGUAUAAUAAAUACCUCAUUGUAAAUGUACCCCAAAUAGAAUGUUGUGAACCCUUGAAUAGAAGCCUGUUAUUGUUUAAUCUGUUUUGAUUUUAAUGUUUUUAAAUCUGUCUAAGCACUAUAUUUCACUGAUGGGCCAUUUGUGACUUCUGUUGUGUUUCUUCCAUUCACUAGCUCCAAACCUUGCAUGGAAUUUAGUUGUGUGUAGUUUUCUAAAACAGAAUUCGUCUUCUAAGCAUAAUUCACCCCUCCCACCACCACUGUCUGAAUAGCUACCUGUCUUGAGCAGAAAAGCUUCUUUUAUUUCUGAUCCGUGUGUGUGUGUGUGUGUGUGUGUGUAUUCUUACCUUUAACCAUGCUCCUGAGAACAGUCCAAUUUUCUGUUUGUGUCUAUGUGUGUUGGAUAAAAAGUGAAUAUGUAUUGCUGCUUUUUUCCCUGGUGUAAAUUGGAUAGGGAAAUAUGCUAAUCAGAGUGAGUUUUAGUUCACUGCUGCUGCUAUGUAUACCUCUUACUCAAAUGUUUUUGUAUGUUUUGACAACUUUAGUAAUAAUAUCAAGUGUAACCUGUACAGUUUUUAACAUGCAGCUCUCUAACAAGUGUACAUUAAACUACUGAUGGAUUAAAGUAUCUUGAAGGUUGUAAAAUGUGAUUUGUGUAUACUUGAAUUCAGUCUUCUCAGCAG